AUGGAGAAAAACAAACUUAAGAAAUUUGAAAAAAGUAAAGAAGAAGAAGGAGAAACCGUCUCCUAUCUAUACCCAUCGCAUUUAAUGCGAUGGGUAAGGGACCGUCAGAGUCCAAGAAAAGCAAGCAAUGAGGGAAUGACACGUCAGAAGAGAGAGAAGACGUCACCUCUUUUUUCGGGAAGCAUGGGUUUCGAGCUAUUAUUACGAGUAAGGAAAGAGGUUGAACCCAUAGAAGAAAUAACCCCAUCUAUUAACAUUGGUGUUAAUCGGUGUUUCAUCAACAAGUUCAUUUGCGAUGUUCUAGCAGAAUCAGUAGAUUGGAGAGAAAGAGGUGCUGUGGCUCGGGUUAAAGACCAAGGGACGUGCGGGAGUUCUUGGGCAUUAUCAACGAUUGGAUCAGCGGAAGCUGUUCACCAUAUCACUACGGGCAGUGGCGAAGCUUGA